UUCUUUUUUCUGAGCUGUCAAGCUGUGCCACCCCGCCAGUGAGCCACCAGUUGAGUCACGUUGAAGUAACAUCUCCAGUUCUUUUGUUCGCUUAGGAAGCAGCCUCUGCUGUUGUAGUCAGAGUUGUAGUUUAGCUUUAGGCUCAUAGUCAGAAAUGUCUGAGACGGAAGCAGCAAACAAGACCGAAGAGCCCAAGCCUGCCGCGGCUGCUCCGACCGAAGAAGCGGCCGCUCCUCCCGCAAAGGAAAUGCGGGCCAUCGUCCUCACUGGGUUUGGCGGACUCAAGUCUGUCAAGAUUCUGAAGAAGCCAGAGCCAGCUGCAGCAGAAGGGGAAGUUCUCAUUCGGGUCAAGGCUUGUGGACUCAACUUCUUGGAUCUGAUGGUGCGCCAGGGUGCCAUCGACAAUCUGCCAAAGACUCCCUUUAUUAUGGGCUUUGAAUGUGCUGGUGAAGUUGAAGCAGUGGGAGAAGGCGUUAAUGAUUUCAAGGUUGGAGAUCGAGUAGCUGCGCUGACAGAAUACAAGGCAUGGGCUGAGCUCGUUGCAGUGCCAGCCAAGCAUGCCUACGUCCUUCCAGCAUCCAUGUCCUAUGGAGAUGCUGCUGCUGUGCUCAUGAACUAUGUGGUUGCAUAUUCUCUCCUCUUUGACAUUGGUAAUCUGAGGGAGAAGCAGACAGUCUUGGUACACUCCGUUGGUGGUGGAGUAGGUCAUGCUGUUGCUCAACUUUGCAAAACAGUUCCGGAUGUGACUCUUAUCGGCACUGCAUCAAAGGGAAAGCAUGAAGCUCUUGGAAAUCUUGUGACUCAUUUGCUGGAUCAUAGUACUGACUACGUACAGGAAGUAAACAAGAUUUCUCCAGAUGGCAUUGACCUUGUGUUGGAUUGCCUGUGUGGCGAAGAUUGCAAAAAGGGUUACAGUCUUCUGAAACCACUGGGAAGAUAUGUGCUCUAUGGAACAUCAUGCAUAGUAGCAGGUGAAACCAAGAGCUUCUUCAGUUUUGCAAAGUCUUGGUGGCAAGUUGACAAAGUCAGCCCUAUCAAACUGUACGACGAGAGCAAAGUGAUUUCCGGCUUCAACUUGCGGCAUCUGUUGUAUCAGCAAGGCAUGCACGAUUAUGUCAAAGGUGUUGUGACAAAAGUGUUUGACUUGUAUGAAGCCAAGAAGAUUUCCCCAGUUGUCGACUCAUCUUGGGCCUUUGAAGACGUGGCAGAGGCCAUGCAAAAGAUGCAUGACCACAAGAAUGUUGGGAAGCUCACUUUGGAUCCCAGUCUGGAGCCCAAACCCAAACCACAGCCAGAGAAGGUAGGCACACCUGAUGCACACCCACGUCGUUUUAGUUUCAAAUCGAAGGGCAAAGACAAGGAAUCCAAGGAAGGAAAAGCACAAGUUCAGUCUGGCGAAAGCACUGAUACCGAAAAGGAUACCAAAGAGGAGCAGUCCCCUCCUGCAAAUGCCAGCUAAGAGGACAGCUAGGGUUACCAAUUGCAAGCACUGGAUUGCAUGACAAGACAAUUACUGGUCACAAACCUCAAUUGUUAGCUGCCCUCACAACCAUAGCCUCUAAUUCGCUUUGACACUGUUGGGAGUCAGUCACGGCAUUACUGCUGGUAAAUGCAGUUUCAUUUUGGGAAAACAGCUACUUCCUGUGCACGGCUGGUGUAACCUCUUAGCCUUCCCCCGACCUCCUCCUCAUUCAUGAUUUGAGCAGUGUUGUCCAUAACGUUGUGAAUCUUGGUGUUGUCUCAAUACUGUGCAUACUUGUCAGCAAGCCUGUAUCAGCUGAAAUACUUGGUAUGAACAUAUUUUUGAGAAGUAAGCUUUUUACAAGCAUCUAGAAGUUUGAGUAAAAAGUGUGUACAACUUUUAAUACAUAUCGGAUAACAGUGCAUGACAAAAGCCUGCAGAAAGUCUGCUUCUACAGUGGUAAAAAAUUUGAAACUUAAUUUCGGCAGUUUGAGCAGUGUCGAACACUGUUUUGUUACUCCAAAGUGGGGGGGGCAUAUAUAGUAGUCAAUUCAGCUAACUGAAAUGUUCUUGUCAUACAUUCCUCUGAGCUGUCUCUAACAAAUGUUUUCCUAAUUACUGUUGGUUUUCAGACUAUGUAGCAUAAUCAUGACGUUGGUUGGCACUUAAAUGUUUGCCCUUGUGAGAUGGUUUUGCUGUGUCGCUUUGAAAAUGUCAUUUUAUUGGCUGCUGUGUGUGCUGUGUAUUUCCACACUGCCUGUGAUCUUGUUUGCAUUAAACUAUUUUUGUCUGUA